UCAACGACCAUCAAGAGUUACGUCUCCUCCCCGCAUAUAAAGUAAACCUUAAUCCUAUCUUCAAUGCAAUGUAUACACCAAAGAAAAGAAAAAAAAUUGACGAUAAAAAUUAAAAAGUUCGAUGAACAACUUUAGAGAAGACCAGUGGUUACAACACUAUGAACAACAGCAAAUUCAAGAGAUUACUCCGUGCUUCAACGCCACUAACAUGGCGUCAUCAUCAGGAUCGUUCCUUGGAGAGAGUGCAGCGGCACAAGAAGCUGCGGGAAGGAGAUCUAGGGCUUCGAGGAGAGCCAUACCAACGACCCUCCUAAACGCUAACCCUAGCAAUUUUCGAGCCUUGGUUCAGAAAUUUACCGGACGUUCUUCGGGAGGUGAAUCCAACCGCAGAAAUGGUCCAGUGACUCUGGAUUUCCGAUCUCCAACUACAAUCUCUAGAGAAACUAUCUUUCCGGUCGCCCACGAUAGGAGUAAUUUCGAUCAUGAUAACGUGCUUAACCAACACGUAAGUAACGAGCAGCAUCACGUGACUUGGUCAGGUACAGAAUCAGCGAUGUCGUACCAGCUAGGAGAGGAAACUAAUUCGGCGGUUCAUGGAAGCGGGUACGAUGAUCAAGACCAUUAUCAUGAUCUUCCGAGGGAAUAUUCCGGGAAUAGUAGUUAUGAUGAUAGUAUGGAUCACAUGGAUUAUUAUCAUGAUUUCCAACGUGAGACGGCAACGUUGGAGGAGUUCAUGAUGAGAGAUCUUGACUUAUAAUAUAGCUUGCUUUUUUUAGUCAUUAGAUAUUAAAGAUGAUUAUUAUGAAUGUUACUUAGGGGAAGAAUAAGUGUUUUGGAAAUAUGGCUUUACAAUUCCAGUGAGCAUUUUCUAAUAAUAUUUGUUGAAUAAAAUAAUAUAUGUUUUAUUAUUAGAUUAUGUAAAAUUUUGUACGAAUCACUUGACUCAAUUAUCUGGUUGAAUACUUAUAAUACUGAUUUAGUA